CCGGCGGAGAGGCGGAGCCCGCGGGAGCUUCCCGGAGCUUUCCUCGGACGCCGCGGGAGGGAGGAAGAACCUGCCGGGCUGCAGCGGCGUCACCCUCCUCUGUCUCCUCCUCCAUCUCCAUCCAUUCUGGCUCCAUCCACGCCGCCGCCGUGGGGCAUCGCUGCCCGGCUGACAGGGCGAUGAUGAGUCCCGGUUCCCCACCCAGGCGGCUGCUGUUCUACCCCCCGCACGGGAUAUAAGGAGAAGGAUCCACUCGGAGGAAGCUGCUUUCCCCCACCUUGGCCGCCGCCGCAGAGGAAGCUUGAACAAAAAGAGAUGUUUACUGCGCUGUCCCGACAAUCCUGUGAACAUACAGGUUCCCGAGUACUGUACAAAAUGUCAACCAUAGUCACUUUUGUCUUUCUGCUUUUAAGCAUAGCAAUUAUUGUUGCUAUUACUCUGGUCCAAGUGAAUCGGAAAGAGGUCCUUUCACCAGGGCUGAAGUAUGGAAUAGUGCUUGAUGCAGGAUCAUCUCGGACCACUGCCUAUGUAUAUGAAUGGCCAGCAGAGAAAGAAAACAACACGGGGGUCGUGAGCCAGACCUUCAAGUGCAAUGUGAAAGGUCCUGGGAUAUCCAGCUAUGCGAGCAACCCUCAAGAAAUUGCAAACCCCAUUAAUGACUGCAUGAAUAAAGUGAAAGAGAAAAUUCCUUUGCACUUACAUAGGACCACACCUGUCUACCUGGGAGCCACAGCCGGCAUGAGACUUCUGAGGUUGCAAAAUGAAUCAGCGGCCCACGAAGUCCUUCGGAGCAUUCAAAACUACUUUGCAUCCCUGCCCUUUGAAUUUAGGGGCACUCAAAUCAUAACAGGGCAAGAGGAAGGUGUGUACGGAUGGAUAACAGCCAACUAUUUGAUGGGCAAUUUCUUGGAGAGAAACCUUUGGAGGGCCUGGGUCCAUCCCCACGGAGCAGAGACCACAGGUGCCCUCGAUUUAGGAGGGGCCUCCACCCAAAUAUCGUUCAUCCCUGAUGAGACCGGCGACACGACCAACAGCACGCUGCCAGUGCAGCUGUACGGCUAUGAGUACAGCGUCUACACGCACAGCUUCCAGUGUUACGGGAGGGAUGAAGCAGAGAAAAAACUGCUGGCAUUGAUACUACAGAAUUCAGGUGAUAAAUCCAGGAUCUAUAAUCCAUGCUAUCCUCGGAAUUAUAAAACUGUUUUAACCAUGAAAUACUUGUACGGCAGCCUCUGCACGGCAUUUCUAAGGCCGGAGAACUACAACCCAGACCAGCUUGUAAAUGUCACUGGAAGUGGAGAUCCAGCUCUCUGCAGGGAAGCUGUAUCCAAGUUAUUUGAUUUUGCAAGUUGCAGGGAGAAGGAAGACUGUUCGUUUAAUGGAGUCUAUCAGCCAAAGGUUAAAGGGAACUUUGUGGCCUUUUCUGGAUUUUACUACACAGUCAAUGCUCUGAAUUUAACUGGAGAAUUUUCACUGGCUGAUUUUAAUUCAAGCAUGUGGACAUUAUGUUCAGAGAAUUGGAAUCAGCUUCCGUACAUGAUACCUAAAUUUGAUGAAAUCUACGCAAAAUCUUACUGCUUUUCAGCUAACUACAUCUAUUACCUGCUUAUACAUGGGUAUAAGUUCAGUGCAAAGACGUGGCCACAGAUUCGCUUUCAGAAGGAAGUCGAUAACAGCAGCAUAGCCUGGUCGCUAGGCUACAUGCUCAGUCUCACCAACAUGAUUCCAGCAGAGAGCAAUAGGAUCUUGUCCCCCAUGAGCCCCUCCCUGUUUGCUGGGCUGCUUCUCUUUUUCACAGCCGUGGCGUUGCUCUGCCUCAUCUUCCUCGUGUACUCGUGUGUGGUGUCGCGCAUGCGAAAGAACGCCUGCCAUGUCGACCACGUGUUUCCUGUAGAAUAAAUACGCUCAUAACGGAGAGAACAGAA